UGCAACAGUGAAGGAUCAGAGGGAGGGGGAGGUAAAGGCAGAUUUUUAUUGGAAGCAAUUGAAGUGGUUGCUAUGAGACCCGCUCCAGCAGAGGACCAGCAGGCGGCCUGGCGCUGAUGGUUCUUGUCAUGCACUAAAGCUUUCCUUUGACACAGUUUUAGAGUUGUUUACUGUCUGAGCCAGCACCUGACACGGUGACUCUUUUUCUUCCUCAUUUUCUCCUCGGUCCCCCGGGUAAGAUGGAAGUAGAAAACGAAGCCCACUGCUACCCUGGCUCAUCAGGCGGGUCCAGAGAGUACAAGGUGGUAAUGCUGGGCGCAGGGGGCGUUGGUAAAAGCGCAGUGACAAUGCAGUUUAUAAGCCACCAGUUCCCGGAUUAUCAUGACCCCACGAUCGAUGCUUAUAAAACCCAGGUGAGGAUUGACAACGAGCCUGCUUAUUUAGACAUCUUGGACACUGCUGGUCAGGCAGAGUUCACGGCCAUGCGGGAGCAGUACAUGCGUGGGGGAGAGGGCUUCAUCAUCUGCUAUUCUGUCACUGACCGACAGUCAUUCCAGGAGGCUGCCAAGUUCAAGGAGCUUAUUUUCCAGGUCCGUCACACCUAUGAAAUCCCCCUUGUGCUGGUGGGUAACAAAAUUGACCUGGAGCAGUUCCGCCAGGUGUCUACAGAAGAAGGCUUGAAUCUUGCUAGAGAAUACAACUGUGCCUUCUUUGAGACCUCUGCCGCCCUCCGAUUUGGUAUUGAUGAUGCUUUUCAAGGAUUAGUGAGAGAAAUUCGCAAGAAGGAAUCCAUGCUCUCCUUGAUGGAAAGGAAAUUAAAGAGGAAGGGCAGCCUGUGGAAGAAGAUCAAAGGCUCACUGAAGAAGAGAGAAAACAUGACAUGAGACUUUGCUUCUGUGUCUUUCCUGUCUCUCCUUCUGGAUUUUAUCAACCAAACAAUUUCUCUCUCUCUCUCUCUCUCUCUCUCUCUCUCUCUCUCUCUCUCUCUCUCUUUCUCUCCCGACAUCUGCCUGCAGGCAAAAAUUAGACUUCUAGAACUGUACGUCUUGAGAUAGUUUUAUUUUGCCUUUAACAGCUGGAUAGAUUUUGUCAAUCAGCUGGAUAAUGCUGUAUAGAUUUUACAAUAUAUUACCAAAUAAAAUUAACAUUCCAAUUGCCUCA